CUGCUCGCUCGGAGCCCGUAGUCUCUUUGGAAACUUCUGCUGGGGAAAGAGCUCUCCGAAAGAGCAGCAAAGCGGUGUGGGCUUUUUCUUUUUUCCACUCCUUUUAAUUCCCCCUUCCUCCGUUUGCACCCUUCUCCGGACUUCACACAGAACCUGCGAAUUUCAAAGAAGUGGUGGCAGAGUGGGAGAAAGGAGGUGUUAGGAUUUGGGUGGGUUGGUUUUUUGUUUUUUUUUUAAUUUCUUGAUUUCAAUAUUUUCUCCCACCAUCUCGGCUGCAGCCAAAGCCGCUUACCUGUUCCGCGGCAGCCGCGCGCCGCUGGCAGCCGGGGGUUAGACAGGAGCGGGGUGUGUUUUAGAUUUUAAACAAAAUUUUUGAAGACAAAUCCAUUUUUCUUUCCCCACCCCCAACUCGACAGCCUCUGAGCUCAUUAUUUCGGUGGUUGCUUUGGGGUGAACAAGUUUGUGCCUGCUUUCCCCCUACAAUUCUGACCAGAUCCGGCUUGGGGGUUUCUCUGGCCUCCGCUCACUCUGCGUGCACCUAGCGCUGCCCUUUUUUCCCCCCAACCUGUUGCAAGGUUUUAAUCCUUGCAAUUGAGACUUGCUUGCAGACAUCCCAGUCUCCCAUCUCUCCCUACAUUUUGCAAGUGUCUGGGGGAGGACACCUGCUCUACCUGCCAGAGAUUUUUUUUAAAAAAAAAAUUCUCCAGGCGCCCUCUUGGCCCCUUUAUCCCUGCACUCUCGCUCUCCUGCCCCGCCCGGAGGCAAAGGGGAGACUCGGAGAAGAUGGUGCUCACCGCGGUCCUCCUGCUGCUGGCCGCCUGCGCGGGGCCGGCCCAGGGCCUGGGCUCCUUCGUGCACUGUGAGCCCUGCGACGAGAAAGCCCUCUCCAUGUGCCCCCCCAGCCCCCUGGGCUGCGAGCUGGUCAAGGAGCCGGGCUGUGGCUGCUGCAUGACUUGCGCCCUGGCCGAGGGGCAGUCGUGCGGCGUCUACACGGAGCGCUGCGCCCAGGGGCUGCGCUGCCUUCCCCGGCAGGACGAGGAGAAGCCGCUGCACGCCCUGCUGCACGGCCGCGGGGUUUGCCUCAACGAAAAGAGCUACCGGGAGCAAGCCAAGAUCGAGAGAGACUCACGCGAGCACGAGGAGCCCACCACCUCCGAGAUGGCCGAGGAGACCUACUCCCCCAAGAUCUUCCGGCCCAAGCACACCCGCAUCUCAGAGCUGAAGGCCGAGGCAGUGAAGAAGGACCGCAGAAAGAAGCUGACCCAGUCCAAGUUUGUGGGGGGAGCCGAGAACACCGCCCACCCCCGGGUCAUCUCUGCGCCUGAGAUGAGACAGGAGUCUGAGCAGGGCCCCUGCCGCAGACACAUGGAGGCGUCCCUGCAGGAGCUGAAAGCCAGCCCACGCAUGGUGCCCCGUGCCGUGUACCUGCCCAACUGUGACCGCAAGGGAUUCUACAAGAGAAAGCAGUGCAAGCCCUCCCGCGGCCGCAAGCGUGGCAUCUGCUGGUGUGUGGACAAGUACGGGAUGAAGCUGCCCGGCAUGGAGUACGUGGACGGGGACUUUCAGUGCCACACCUUCGACAGCAGCAAUGUUGAGUGACGCGUCCCCUCCCCACACCCCCACCCCCGCCUGCCCCCAGCCCCGACUCCAGCCAGCCAGAGACUCCCUCCACCCCAGGACGCCACUCAUUUCAUCUCAUUUAAGGGAAAAAAAAUAUAUAUAUCUAUAUCUAUUUGAGGAAACUGAGGACCUCGGAAUCUCUAGCAAGGGCUCAAUUUUGAAAAUGGCAACAACAGAAAGGAUGCAAAAAGUUGAGAAGACCCCCCCCUUUAAAACAGUUUUCUUUUUGAGGCAAGUUGAAUGAACAGAGAAGGAAGAGAGGAAGCACAAGAGGGAGAGGAGGGAAGAAAGCGUUCGUGUGGAACAGAGGGACAGAUGAGCAGAGUUACAAAAAGGAAGGCAAGCAGGUGGACAGGAAGGAAAGGCGCCGGGGGCCAGCCCUAGCCUGGAGUCGGGAGAAGUUUGGGCACCAAGAUGUGGCUUUUGGUGACACCCUUGGAGUUUUCCCAGUCUGGAUUGGUCAGGGAGAGAAAGGAAGAGGCGGGUGUGCCAGGGCCUCUCCCAGAUCUGUCUCCUUCUCCAGCCAGCGGUGUGGACAGCUCGACCCCUGGCCUUACCCCAACAGAAUGUUGUCUCUGCCCCAAACUUAUAAAAGCUAAAAUGCAUUCCAUCCCUCUAAAAACAAAUUCGUUAUUGAGUGACAUUAGAUAGCUAGGUUUCCCAAGCAGAGACGUGAAUGUCAAGUACGUGCGCAUUCUCAGUCCUCAUGCAGACUUUUAGAAAUCCGUACACACCCCAGUAUUGGAAAGACUUGUCUUUCCCGGGUGAUUUAAAAAAAACACACACACACACACAUGCUGAAGCUGUGGUUUCAGCCCUCAAUUUCCUUCAAUUCCCAACUAGCGCAGCAGCCUCUGUGGGGGAGGAUAGGCUGAGAAAAACGUGGGCUUGUAUUUAUCUACAAGGCUGCAUAUCGUCAUAUAUAGGCAUAUAAAUCUAUUUUAUUUCUUUGUUUUUUUUUCUUUCUUUCUAUCUUUCUUCCAGAGGUUUGCAUUAACUUUUCAGAGUAGCUCGUGGGGCAUUGAGGAGCUUCCUCAUUUUGGGGAAACCAAGGAAACCCACGUUCUCCCAGUGCAACCCAUAAUGCCAGUUUUGCCCACCCCUAGUCAGGGCUCCCCAUGAGCAGCAAACUCCGUUCUUCGGGGGCCCAGUGUGACUCCACACAGGUGUUCACAUGUACCCACCCAGCCAGGCGAGGCCAGCGCUCGAUGUGCGCACCGCACCCCCGCAUGCGUCCCACGCAGUCUUUAAACCCUCGGGAGGUAGCUGUCUCUGGACACCACGCCAGAUGAGCCCAACAGGUCAACAAGUGUGACCCGCCUGGUCCUGUCCCAGCCCUUUCAUGUCAUCGGGACAGGACCUGUGUUUUGGAAGCCUCCCUCGGUCUCCACGCUGGCAGAGCAGGAGAGAGACUGAAACGAGAGAGGGCAGAGAGGGAGAGGGUGGAGGAAGCUUUCACGUGCAGGGAACCCGUAAACGGGACUGCCCAGGCCAGAGCAGGUGGAGGGUGGGGGUAUCCGCCCCGUUCUAGCUUUGGAGCAAAGCUGCGGAGAGCGGGAAACACCCGUAGCAGCCUCCUUGGCUUCCCGCCCUAUAUGCCUCCUGGGGUUCAAGAAGAAGGAGAGAGGAAAAUGGGGGGAUGGGUUGUAAGAUAGAAACGAGCUCACGCCAGGGCACAGAGCAGAGGAAGGCGGGCAGCUGCAGGUGGGUCCCGGACACUAGAAGCGGGACAGGAACAAGGAUCAAUAGAGACUGGCUGUGCUUUCGAAGGGCCGAGACCGUGCUCGAUGCCCACGUUCAGCCACAAGGAGGGACGAAGGCCGAGAGUCUUUCAGGCUCGUCCCCUGUGCUGGCAGCCCCUGGUCCCUCGCCGGGGUGGUGGGCGGAGGAGAGGCCCAGGACAGCCAGGGAAGGCGGCUUCAGGGGUGCCGUCCUAGGACAGCCAGAUUCUGAACCAAGAAAAGUUCCGUUCUCCGCUGACGUCCUCAACCAAUGGGUGGCCUUGGGCUGUCCUCUAAGGCUGAAGAAACCCUGCCAGGGAAGAGGGCUUGGACACUGGCAAAGGACACAGCUCUCUCCACUCUGCCCUGACGCACAACACAGGGGAGACCGCCUCCAGCACCAAACUUAUGGCAACCAAGGAGCAAAUACAGCUAGAAGAGGGACAGCAAAGAAGCAAAUGUACUCCAACUAAUGGCAAGCCCAUCACUGCGGACCUCGGGGCUGUCUCCUUCUCCCCGGACAAGACAGCUGGCUGGAGACGGGCGAGGUGCUCUGUCUCGGGGAGACAAAGGGCCCGGUGGGCCGGCAGCCAUGAGACUU